ACAAGACCCGGCAGCGCGCGUCACGUGUCGCGGCGGCAACGUGUCGUGCAAGGUGAGCCCGUGGAUGCGGAUGCGGUGGGUGCCCCCACCCGGUCCGCCUCAGAGCUCGCGCGCCCCGCCACGCGUACCACUCCCGCGCGCGGACGCGGGGGGCUUUUAAAAGGUGCGCCCGGCACCACGGGACCCUCUCUCAACUCUCCCCUCCUCUCGCCGCAGUCCGGCGUAGUAUUAUUGCUUUGCUUGCUCGCUCGAGGUGCACGUGGCGGUGGAAGCUUCCCGGUGGGGGGUGUGGGUGGCGGAGGCGGUGGUGGUGGUGGUUGAUUGGUUGAUGUCGAUGGCGCAGGUGUGCUGCGACUCGGCCGCAGCGGCGACGGCGGCGGCGGCACAGGUGGUUGGGGCGGAGGCGGAGGCCAGGGCCAGGGCGCGCGCCGAGAGGCGGCGUCGGGCUGGGGAGGCCGCCGGGAGGUGGAGGCACGCGGGCGCGGCCGCUGGUGGCACGCCCGACGCUGCCACGAGGAAGCGGAGCCUCGAGGCCGGGGAGCUGCUCGUGGCGCGCAAGCACGGCGCCGCGUCGGUGGCCGGCCGCAGGAGGGAGAUGGAGGACGCCGUGUCCGUGCGCGAGGCGUUCGCGCUCGCGGAGGGCUCCCACGGCGGGAGGCGCGACUUCUACGGGGUGUUCGACGGCCACGGCUGCUCGCACGUCGCCGAGGCGUGCCGGGACCGGAUGCACGAGCUGCUCGCCGAGGAGCUCGCUGUCGCCGCCGCCGCCGACGACGUCUCCUGGACCGCGGCGAUGGAGCGCAGCUUCGCCCGGAUGGACAGCGAGGUGAUGUCGGCCGGCGGGGCCAGCGGCGCCUGCGGCUGCGACGCGCACAAGUGCGACCACGUGGGUUCCACCGCCGUGGUGGCCGUCGUGGAGGAGCGGCGCGUGGUGGUGGCCAACUGCGGCGACAGCCGCGCCGUGCUGUGCCGCGGCGGGGACGGCGCGCCGCCGGUGCCGCUGUCGUCGGACCACAAGCCCGACCGGCCCGACGAGCUGGCGCGGAUCGAGGCCGCGGGCGGGCGCGUCAUCUUCUGGGAGGGCGCGCGCGUGCUGGGCGUGCUCGCCAUGUCCCGCGCCAUCGGGGACGGCUACCUCAAGCCGUACGUGUCGUCGGUGCCGGAGGUGACGGUCACCGACCGGUCCGACGGCGACGAGUGCCUCAUCCUGGCCAGCGACGGGCUGUGGGACGUGGUCAGCAACGAGGCCGCGUGCGAGGUGGCGCGCGCCUGCCUCCGCAGGGGCCGCGCCAAGUGGUGCGCCGAGGCCGCCGCGCUGCUCACCAAGCUGGCCCUCGCCAGGCGCAGCUCCGACAACGUCUCGGUCGUCGUCGUCGACCUCCGCCGGAGGAAUCAUCACUAGUUGGAUCUGUGCAGUCGCCAGUUUUAGUAGUACUAGUAGUACAAGGUAGGAUGAUGGAUGGUGCACAAAAGGAUUUCGCGGGUGACGGGUGUGUACUAAUUGGGUUUUUUUUCCUUUCUUUUUCAUCAAAAAAAAAAAAUAUUUUUUUUGCUGUACUCUCCCUGAAUCAAAAAGUUCAGAGGAGCACUUAGAUUAGUUAUUAUGGUGGAACCGGAAUUUGAUCCGGAUACCAUUUGGAAUGAAAAUGAAGUGUUGCAUAAAAAGAGCAUCAGAAAAAGGAGAGAUGGUCUCAGAAGAAAUUCAAAAUGGGAUGAGAAUAGAGUUUUGCAUCAUAAAAUAAAAGCGAAUCAGAAAAAGGAGAGAUGGGCUCACAAGAAAUCAGUCUGGAUCUCGUGGGAGUACUAUUAUUAUCUAUUGAAACAGCAACCGAAACAAACAUUAUCUCUGGAAGGAAAAUUGCAUUUUGAUGUC